AUGAUAGCAGGCGUUUACGAUGUUUCGGAAAUUACUCCUUCCUUGAUAUCCAAUCUCCUAAAAGAACUAGGCGAUUUUACCAGAAAAGUUGCUAUUACUAUCAAAAAUCUUUCGCCAGGAAUAGUUUUUGAGAAACCCGAAGUAUAUAUUCAAUAUGGAAAAUCGAAUUUUCUGCUUCCUAUUUCUGAACUCUCCAGUAAUAAAGGGUUGGUUUGGGGAGCUCGUAAGGUGGCUAGCGUAACCGCAGGAACCGUAGGAGUCAUCGUGUACCAUCUCAAAAAUCGAAAUGAAUCUUUGGCCUUUAUGUGGAGCGUCCCAUUUAACUACGCUUUUUACUCAAAUUGGUGGAACCUAAAAGUUUAUAAAGGUCGUGUCAAAGCUAAUCAAGGUAAGAAUUCCAGGGCUCGCUCUUCAAGCAUAAUUAAUUUCACAAUAUUUAACAUUAUGAUAAAUGGUCUAGAAUUAUAUGACAAGAUGUACAAUGAACUCCCGCAUAAAGGGGACAAUAACGUUUAUCGCGGAGUUCUAAAUGAUGAUUUGCUUUACACGGGAUCAAUGGGAGAAUCUGGAACGCCAACCAUUAAAGUUGAGAUUUUAAACUAUACAACAAUUAGUACAACUCCUUUUGUUAAAGAAAUGAAGCGGAAUUUGUGA